UGUUAUUAGCCUAUAUUAUACUGUUUGAAAAAAAUCUGAAAUGUUCACUUUUCACGUUUUUCUGAAAGGCUAAAAUAUGAUAUAUUAUUUUUAAACGUAUCUACAGAUCUAUUAUUUAAUGAUAGGUUGUGUAAAAUCAAAAGAAAACAUGUUAAUAAUAGCCUAAAUGUGAAAUAGAUUGCUUGAUUACAGUGAAAUACAGGAUCAGUCAGGAUGUGAUUAUUGAUAAGAUGCUUGAAAAGUUAAGCUUACUGAAUUAAUAUGGUAUAUUGUGUAAUAUAACCAAUCAUAUAUUGGUUCCAUUUGAUCUUCAAAGCAGUGUAUUACAUAAGUAACCUUGGGGUGAUAAAGUACAAUUAUGUGACCUCUAUCAGGAUUUACCCUAGGCUAUGAUCAUCAAUCACAUCCACAGCCUUAUCAAGACCUACAGUAUCACGAUGAGGUUGGGUACCAUUUGCCCUCCAUGUGAUACAUCUACUUUGAAGCCAUGGGGCAACCGGUUUGAAGUUGAUCUCACAUUCAAAGUUGGUGUGCCCAUUCCUAACUGAGGGGUCAGUGGAUUUGACCUGACCUCUCCUGACCUAUCAGAACACCUGAACUGUGACCAUCAUGGCGGAGAGAGCUGGCUUUGGGAUCCCCAAAAGCAACUUACGUCCUGUAGGCUCACUCCCACCAGAGCCUAUCGAUAUCAUCCGUACCAAGGCCCGAUCCAGAAGAGUCCGCAUCAAUGUUGGGGGUCUUGUCCACGAGGUCCUAUGGAGGACACUGGACCGUCUCCCCAGGACCAGGCUGGGUAAACUCAGAGACUGCAAUACCCACGAAACCUUAAUGGAGAUCUGCGAUGAUUACAGCUUGACUGAUAACGAGUACUUCUUCGAUAGGCACCCAGGAGCGUUCUCCUCCAUUCUGAACUUUUACAGAACAGGGAAGCUGCACAUGAUGGAGGAGAUGUGCGCCCUGUCCUUCGGCCAGGAGCUUGACUACUGGGGUAUAGAUGAGAUCUACCUGGAGUCCUGCUGCCAGGCCAGGUACCACCAGAAGAAGGAGCAAAUGAACGAGGAGUUGAGGAGGGAGGCUGAGUCGCUCAGAGAAAAGGAUGGGGAGGAGCCGGAAGAAGGCUGCUGUCCAGACAAGAGACAGAAGCUGUGGGACCUCCUUGAGAAGCCUAGCUCUUCUCUUGCUGCUAAGUUCCUGGCCUUUGUCUCCGUAUUCUUCAUCGUUCUAUCAACAAUCUCAUUAUCACUCAAUACCUUGCCGGAGCUACAAGUCGUUGAUGAGUUUGGACAGUUCAAUGACAAUCCCAGCCUAGCGCAUGUUGAAGCUGUGUGCAUUGCCUGGUUCACGAUGGAGUACCUCCUCCGCUUCCUCUCUUCUCCUGACAAGUGGCAGUUCAGCAAAGGCCCACUGAAUGUCAUUGAUUUACUCGCUAUCCUGCCCUACUAUGUAACUCUCUUCCUGACCGAAUCCAACAAGAGUGUUCUGCAGUUCCAGAAUGUCAGACGAGUGGUCCAGAUAUUUCGUAUCAUGAGAAUCUUGAGAAUUCUAAAACUGGCCAGACAUUCCACUGGACUGCAGUCCCUUGGGUUCACCCUUCGGCGCAGUUACAAUGAAUUGGGUCUGUUAAUAUUGUUUCUGGCUAUGGGUAUCAUGAUCUUCUCCAGCCUGGUAUUCUUUGCCGAAAAAGAUGAAGAUGCCACAAAAUUCACUAGUAUUCCAGCUUCAUUCUGGUGGGCUACCAUUACCAUGACAACUGUAGGUUAUGGGGACAUAUAUCCACAAACUCUUCUUGGUAAAAUAGUCGGCGGGCUCUGCUGUAUUGCAGGUGUAUUGGUCAUUGCAUUGCCCAUCCCCAUCAUUGUGAACAACUUCUCAGAGUUUUACAGAGAGCAGAAGAGACAGGAGAAAGCCAUCAAGAGGAGAGAGGCCUUGGAGCGGGCCAAGAGGAAUGGCAGUAUUGUUUCUAUGAAUCUGAAGGAUGCGUUUGCUCGCAGUAUGGAGCUGACGGAUGUUAUGGUGGAGAAAGGUGACGAGAAACGGCCGAUGGAUAACCAUCUCUCGCCUAGUAGGUGGAGUAGUAGGCACGGCAACUCUGAGGUUAGUCCAAAAUCCCAGGCGAGGUAUAAAGAGGUUGCUCAACUGGGAUCUCCAGAUAGGGUCAAUCCACCAAGAACCAGCCCACAGCACCUGAACGCCCAGAUAUUGGAGGAGAUGUACAACAAGAUGACGACCACUGCCAAUAUUGGCUCUGGAGCUCCACAUGAACAAGGACAGAAGCUUGAGGAACGAAUGGAAAUGAAGGUAGUGUCUUCUGGACUAAAGCCCCCCCCAAUCAAGGAACGAGCCAUGGGUGACCUCAGGAGCCCAUCCAGUGUGGACAGCUUUGCCAGCUGCACUACGGAGUUCACUGUGGCAGAGAGCAGUUCCCUCCUCCCCAACGUAGCAGGACGGAGAGCUCCUCAUCCCCUCGACCUCAGCCAGAUCACCUCUGUGGAACCAAAAACCACAGGCAAAGUUCAGCCGGCCACCAUCAUCAAGGAGGGUCUUUAUGAGUUUGUCUCAAGCAAUCCAGAGGGGGCCUCACAGGGGGAAGAUAAUCAAAGCUUUGACAUGAGCGUCGAAAGCAUCCGCAGUUCUCUCAGAGGCAACAACCCACAGAAGACAAAAUCUCUCAAAGUCAAUUUCAAUGAAUCUCAGGAAGAGGUGCCAUUAACACCUCCCAGCACUAAGUCCCCUCAGUCUCUCAGUGCAACUCUGUCUCCACCAGGAUACCAGCCCUCCCCACCCCCAGGCCAGGGCCCGGUGACCAGCCCAUGGUCUCCAGGACAGUCAGGCCAAAGAGAGGAUGGAGCCCAGGGCUUAGAGGGAGAAGGUCCGCCUUCCAUUUUAAGCCAUAGCGGGAAUCACAUGGACAGGGCCGCCGUCUUCAGCCCUUUGUCACCUAAAUCCCUCAACUGCACUACUCAGGAAGUGGUCGUCGCCGGCAACGGGGAAAGAGAGACAGGCAACAGCCAAAAGGAAAACCACAUAGUUCUGGAUGGAAGUCUAUCUCCACCUUGUGAAACAAGCAUGUGACUAGUAUAGGUGGAAGGUCAAGGAAAGAGGAAACAGACUCUCUGUUUGUGUAUGAAGAAGAAAAAGAAGCACACUAAUGUAGUGAAUAAUAAGUUGUCUGCAUGACUUGACAAGUAUUAUUUCUGAUAACAUCACUGUUUCUGAAGACCUAUGAGAACUGCUUUUUGCUGCAGACGUGGAACUUAUAACAGUGGAUUUUACUAUAAGGCUCCAAUGUGAGCAAAGAAACAACCUAGUAUGAAUGAGGACAUUUAUGAACAAAUUGUACAUUAUGGUCCAGGACUUUUUACGUAGCAAGUUAUUCAUUGCAAGUUUCUUUGUUUUAGCUUGCUAGUGUGUUGGGACAAGGACAUCAUCUGAAGAGAGAAAUGAGGAAAGGCUUUGGGAUUUUUAUAUAAGGGCUCAUCAUUUGUGAAACAGUAGCAAUGUCAUAUCAUAUUCUGUUACUUGAUAUGACUUGCAUUCCAUUGCUAAGUUUAAUUUACUUUUCAUGUUAUUGUGUCUGUUUAGAUUUUGCAUUGUUCUCAAUCAAGUCAACCAAGAGAUAUAUGGAACAAGCAACAGUCUCUUAGUUCAGGGAAGCAAAAAGAAAUUGCAGCAUAUUAUAUAGCAAAUCUAUAUGGAAAUAGACCAAUAAGACAGUUUUAAUAAUAGCCUAUACAUGACUAUCUAUGAUUGCGUUCUAAUACUUUAUAUUCUACUAUUUUAUAUUCUGUUCGUGAAUGAGCUUACGUCCCUAAUUUCUGUGUUUAGCUCUGCUGUUGUGCAACCCUUCAUCCAUGCAAUGGGAAAUGGACAAGCCAUAUAAGUAUUGCAUGGCAACCUCAAGGAUUUACACUAUGGCAAAAGUGAGUAGAUAAUGACAACCAUUAUACUUAAGGGGAAAAAAAAGUACCAUACAGCAGCACUUCAUUCACUUAGAUACAGAUCAUAUCAACUGAAUGGUUAUUCAAGUUCUUCACUAAAAUGGACAUGCAUUAUUGCUGAGUACCAGUUCCAUUCUGAUCAAAGGAAAUCUGUUGUUACAUUCCUUACUGUAUUCAUGUUGUUAUCAUGCUACCUUCGAGAAGUGCAGCACAUGUGUUGGGUAUGUAUGUAUGCUAGUUGGAACAAAUACUGUGUAUGUGAUGUUUGAUGUGUCAAGUUGAAUUUAUAUUGUAUGGGGCUGAUUGCUAGGUCCAAUACAGUACAGUACUCAGGUAGAAAGUAUAACACUGCCCUCUACAGACGGAGGAUUUUAAGACACUAAUCCAAGAAUUCAUGCAUAUCUCUAGUUGGAAUUCCUCUUAAUAUUGAACAAAGUAACAUCUUUAUUGAUUCAUUGUGCAUUUUAAGUUUUGCAUGGCUGGUCUACUCAGUAAAUGGUAGACAACUGUUGCAGCUUUUUUUUAAAUGAUGCCGACAAGACUGAACUGAAUCACGAGGGUUACUGCGGACAAUAGUAAUACUACAGUGUAUUAACUAUAUAAACUACUGUGCUUAUAUUCUAUUUAAAGUAGAUUAUGCUACCAUAUUAUGUUUUGUUGGUUCACUCGUAUGAUUGAUUCUAUUUUUCUAAGAUAAAAUAGAUCAGGAUUGUAAUAUUUCCUGGUACAUUUUUGAAUUGUGUGCCUUUUCAUAAAUAGACAUUUAUGAGAAGGCGAAAACCUACAUAAUUUGGCUGGUACAUAGAGAUCUAUAAAUAAUGUAUUUCUAGUAGGGAUACAUAUGAGGUGAUGAUAAGCAAAUAGCUAUUGUACCAAGUUCUCGGGUUUUGUAUAACUUGAAAGCUUUAUCAUAUCAUGGCUUACUUCCUCCUUUCAAAGUACCAUUUGCUGUCAGUAAUGUACAGUACAGUACAGUACAAUACAGUACAGUGCAGUAGGCUUAUGUUAGAUCAUUAUUGAGAUGUCAGGGGAAACAGGAAAAGUUACUGCACUGACACACCCUGGUAUGACACCACCUCUUAUCCACCAAGUCAUCUGUACAACUAUUUGUAUUUUUGUUGUAAUUAUCUUACAUUCUUUUGUACAGUUAGCUUGAUCAUACUCACAUCCUCAAAUCAAUACUUACAACCACAAUAUACUGUAGGUAACUCUAGGGUCAAUUCCGCAGAUAUUUUUCUUCUGCCUGCUUUUUUUGAUGUUCCCUCCAUCCCAAUAUACUUUGGUUGUUUUAACAGUAUGUGACCAUAGUCAUCUUAAUUGUUAGUCAACAUAACUUGAUAGUGAAUGAAUAGUAACUUAUUGUUUUACAAUAGGUUUAUUACCAUAUGCAAGACAAAUAAAAUUUGUUCAUGUGA